AUGACCAGAAUAGAAAUAACUGAAAAGCAUUCAUCCAACAACAAGCAUGAUGCACCUGGCAAGCAGAAAGUUAUCAGAUAUAGAAAGUUAGUAGCUCAGAUAUUUGAACUAGAAAAGACGAUAAAAAAAUUGGAGAGAGAUGUGGCAUUCCUAGAGACUGAAUUAGAAGAUUUAAAUGAUUGUGUGGACAAGAGCACUGUGGUUGACUUAAUACAUGAAAUAGUUCCCACGCACAUUAAUGAAAAAGGUAAGAGUUCCUCCUAUUCAUCCGAUUCAUCUGAUUCAUCUGAAGAAUCUGAUUCUGUUAAGAUAAUUGAGGUAAGAGAACAAAAGGCUGUUUCUUAUAAGCAACGAAGGAAG